AUGUCUUGUUCUGUGAGGUGUAGACUCGUGAUGGUUUUCUGUUUCAUUCUUCUGCUUUUGUCAUCCAACGUUGGAUGCGCCACUGCUCGUCGUCUAGGGCUUCACAAGCAUCAUCAUCAUCAUCAUCACAAGGCUGCUUCUUCGCUACACAAAGUCGUCAAUGGUGGAGGAAGGAGGAUGGUGCUAGGUGGAGUCGAGACAGGGGAAGAAGUAGUGGUUAUGGAUUAUCCUCAGCCUCAUCGUAAGCCUCCCAUCCACAACGAGAAGGCUUAA